UCUCUGCAAAACCUUAUCUACAUUCCAAUCUCAUUUGGUUACUAUCACAAAAUAAAAGAGCAGAACACAAGUACCAUAUGUUUGAUUUGUUCUCAAGUAUUUUGGAAUUACAUCAAAAAUUUUGAAGUAGCAAAAGCUUAUUAAAUUAUCUAUUUGUUGUCUUGUUGAAUCAGAGUUUGAUCUUGGAUGCCACAGACGCAGUUGCUCUUCACAUAAAUUGGGGAAUGGCAUUAUUGAUCAACAAUCAACAUGCCUUGAAGAAAGCACAAGAAGAGAUAGACACAAAAGUUGGUAAAGAUAGAUGGGUAGAAGAGAGUGAUAUUCAGGAUUUGGUGUAUCUCCAAGCUAUUGUUAAAGAAGUGUUACGAUUAUAUCCACCAGGACCUUUGUUAAUACCACAUGAAAAUGUAGAGGAUUGUGUUGUAAGUGGAUAUCACAUUCCUAAAGGGACUAGACUAUUCGCAAACGUUAUGAAACUGCAACGCGAUCCUAAACUUUGGUCAAAUCCUGAUAAGUUUGAUCCAGAGAGAUUCAUCGCUGGUGAUAUUGACUUCCGUGGUCAGCACUAUGAGUUUAUCCCAUUUGGUUCUGGAAGACGAUCUUGUCCGGGGAUGACUUAUGCAUUGCAAGUGGAACACUUAACAAUGGCACAUUUGAUCCAGGGUUUCAAUUAUAGAACUCCAAAUGACAAGCCCUUAGAUAUGAAGGAAGGUGCAGGCAUAAAUAUGCGUAAGGUAAAUCCUGUGGAAGUGAUAAUUAAGCCUCGCCUGGCACCUGAGCUUUAUUAAAACCUAAGAUCUCUCAUCUUGGUUGAUCAUUGUUUAAUACUCCUAGAUGGGUAUUCAUUUACCUUUUGUCAAUUAAUGUCAGUAAGAGUUUCUCUAAUUUGGUACGUUUGUAACAAUAAGUAAAGAAUGAUUGUGCUAAUAAAUAAAGGUUUGCAGAAGACAAUA